CGGGUUGAUUAGGUUUCGUUCGGUUAUAAUUUGCAGCUGUACGGCUCCCUUGAUCGUUGUCGAAUCCUGUGUUAAUUGCAACUUCGUCUCGGUCAACUCAUAAGACACUUGAAACAGGUUUCUUUUCGGACAGAGACUCUUAUCUUUGAACCUCUUUAACUCUUGUCGGAUGGCUUCCAAAUUCGGGUUGGCUGGGGGAAUACCGGAGCGCCGUGUCCGACCAAUCUGGGAUGCCAUCGAUUCCCGUCAGUUUAAAAACGCUCUCAAGCUCGUCACUUCGCUUCUCUCCAAGUACCCAAAAUCACCUUAUGCUUUAGCGCUUAAAGCUCUGAUUCAUGAGAGAAUGGGGAAAACAGAUGAGGCAUUAUCAGUGUGCUUGGUAGCCAAAGAGCUUUUGUACAAGGACGAUUCGUCGUUGAUGGAUGAUCUCACUCUCAGCACAUUGCAAAUUGUCUUGCAGAGACUCGAUCACUUGGACUUGGCCACUAGUUGUUAUGCUCAUGCCUGUGGCAAAUUCCCCAGUAAUCUGGAGCUUAUGAUGGGGCUCUUCAAUUGCUAUGUUCGUGAAUAUUCUUUUGUGAGGCAGCAGCAGAUAGCCAUCAAAAUGUACAAACUUGCCGGAGAAGAAAGGUUCUUACUUUGGGCAGUUUGUAGCAUCCAAUUACAAGUUCUAUGCGAUAAGAGUGGGGAGAAGCUGUUGCUUCUGGCUGAGAGUUUACUUAAGAAGCACAUUGCCUCUCAUAGUAUGCAUGAGCCAGAAGCUCUCAUGGUGUAUAUCUCAUUGCUGGAACAACAAUCCAAAUACAAGGAUGCUUUAGAAGUCCUUUCUGGAGAUUUGGGUUCUCUUUUGAUGAUUGAAGUCGAUAAGCUACGGAUACAGGGGAGACUCCUUGCUAGGGCAAAUGACUAUUCUGCUGCUGUUGAUGUCUAUAAAAAAAUCUUAGAAUUGAGUCCAGAUGAUUGGGAGUAAAUUGAAAUUGAGAGGAGAAAGUUGUUGUAUGGAAAGAAGAACGACAAUCAGUUACUAGAAUCGUUGCUGCAAUAUUUUCUCAAAUUUGGUCAUUUAGCUUGCUUUGCCUCCGACGUUGAAGCAUGCCUACAAGUAUUAUCCCCAAAUAAAAAGGCAGAGUUUGUUGAAAUGUUGGUGAAAAGUUCUGACUCCGUUUCUGCGUCAGCAACCAAAGUGCUUGGUCAAACAACAACGAUUCUUAAAGUUCAAGAAAUGACGGGAAACAUUUUUGCGCUCCCUCUCAGUGAGAUUAAAGCCUCUGCUGUCAAACUGGCAAAGCUAUACUGUCAAAACCUUCCUCUUUCUAAGGACUUGGAUCCUCAAGAAAGCAUGUUUGGGGAAGAACUUCUAUCUUUGAUUAGCAACAUGUUGGUCCAGUUAUUCUGGCGAACUCGAGAUUUUGGCUAUCUUGCUGAGGCUAUCAUGGUUCUUGAGUUGGGCUUGACCAUCAGAGGACAUGUCUGGCAAUACAAGAUCUUGCUGUUGCACAUAUAUUCAUAUAUCGGUGCUCUUCCGCGUGCAUUUGAAUGGUAUAAAGCUCUUGAUGUGAAGAACAUAUUGACCGAAACGGUUUCACACCAUAUUCUGCGUCAGAUGGUGGAAUCUCCCAUGUGGGUGAACUUAAGCGACCUCCUAAAAGACUAUCUCAGGUUUAUGGAUGACCAUUUGAGAGAGUCCGCAGACCUUACAUUUCUUGCCUACCGCCAUAGAAAUUACUCUAAAGUUAUCGAAUUUGUCCUAUUCAAAGAACGAUUACAGUACUCAAACCAGUACCAAGCUGCGAGGGUUGAAGCGUCUGUCCUGCAAUUGAAGCAGAACGCAGACAGCAUCGAGGAAGAAGAGCGCGUUCUUGAAAACCUGAAAUCCGGAGUUCAACUUGUGGAGCUCUCGAGCGAAGUUGGAUCCAAGACACUGAGGUUCAAUGAAGAUAUGCAAACACGGCCAUGGUGGACACCUUCUCCUGAGGAAAACUAUCUACUAGGUCCGUUUGAAGAAAUAUCUUACUCUCCCAAAGAGAAUGUGAAGAAAGAUCGUGAAGAGAAUAUGAAACGUGCCAUACAGAGAAAGUCCCUUCUACCUCGGAUGAUAUAUCUCUCUAUUCAGCGUUCGUCAACGGCGUUAAAGGAGAGUGUUGAAACCAAUGGCUCUGGAGGUGACCUCAAAAUCUGCGAAGAACUGAAGUUUUUACUGGAGGAAUACACAAAUUUGCUGGGAUGUUCUCUCAGUGACGCUGUAGAUAUGAUCACAGGGAUCUCACAGGGUGCAAGGACUUCCGAGAGCCUCGGUUCAGAUUUGGUGGACUGGUUGAAUUUUGCGGUGUUUUGGAAUGCUUGGAGCCUGAGUUCCCACGAGCACUGGCGUGUGUUGAACUCGCUAUUCGAGAGGCUUAUUCUGGACAGAAUCAGGUCAAUGGGAUCUUCAGACAUGAGUUCUUGCUAUUCUGAUGUCCAGGUCUUGGUUCAGAUCAUCACUGAACCGUUGGCGUGGCACAGUCUUAUAAUCCAGGCCUGCACCCGCUCGUCUCUCCCAUCUGGGAAAAAGAAGAAGAAAACUCAACAUUCAGAUCAAUUACCUUCAUCCCCUAUGUCUCAAGCAAUCAAAGACUCUAUACAGUCCUUAUGCAGCACAGUACAAGAAGUUUCUAACUGGCUACUGAGUCAAAUGAACAACCCAGAAGAUGAUCAAGUGGAGAAAUUUAUGUCAACUCUGAAGAGAAAUGAAGACGCAGGAGGACCGGGACAGGUUCUUGGGGUUCUAGAGAGUUUAAUCGCAUCCAGCGAAGAAUCAGUGGUCGGAAACCGCAUCUUUGAAGCACUGAAAUCAUGGAGCACCGCAGAUACAGCUCGGAAAACAUUCAUGGCGCAACAGAGUCUCCUCCAUGAGUUUCUCCAGAUCUGUGAAUCUAAGAGAAAGCUAAUGGAAACACUCAAACAACAGAUGUCCCAUGUUUGAUCUCCAAUCAAUAGAGAAACGAAACGUCGCUGCUCUUUUUUUUUAUUGGCAAUUUCAUUUUGAGAGAAACACAUUCAUGAUAGAAACAGAGAGAUUUGAUGUUUCAGUACAUUUUUUUGUUGAAAAAUGUUUUACAUUGAUUCUACUCUUUCCCUAUGCAACAAACUUCUGACAACGAGUGUCCUUGUGAAUGUUUUGGCAACGAAUAGAACAAAAACGCAUCCCACAUAAGCAGCAAUUGUAGCCUGCGAUGUAUCCACAAACUGUGCAGAAAUGGCGACGAGAAGACGAACUCGGAGGUCCCACGGCUGCUUUCAGGUAAGUUGGCACAUGCGACGGUAAAGCUUCCAAAUUUGCCUCCUGCAAGAGCUCAACGAAGGAUUUAGGAGCUUUACGAGCUUCCAAAGCUUUUGCCUGUCGAGUUUUACGCUUUGAUCCCUUGGGUUGCUUCUUCUGUACGAAUCCUUGAUCAUCGUCUUCGUCCAUAGAGGCUUCUUCGUCAUCGUUCAUAUCCACAACCUCGAUGGCGCCAUUGUCAUUCUCUAAAGCCUCAAGCCGAGCUACAGCGGCCUAGAAUUCGAUUGUCGGUGCUCGUAAGAGCCGCCGCCAUCUUCGAGGCAACCUUACGAGUCCGGCCCGACACUCGGCGAUUCGACAUCUCUUCCUCCAUCGCAGAUAUUAAGCAGAUUACCGGCGACGAUGGAAGCGCAGCGGCGGUAGAAUGGAAACCGGCGUAUUCGCGUGGAAUCGACGGCGGUCACUCUUUUAGGUGUUAUUUUCU